AUGGACGAAAUCGAAGUACCUCAGUAUUUUCUGUGCCCAAUCUCGCUCCAGAUUAUGAAGGACCCGGUGACUACCGUCACGGGCAUCACCUACGACCGGGACUCCAUCGAGAAGUGGGCCAAAACGUCGUCGUCUGGAGCCACCGUCCUGUGCCCGGUCACCAAACAGCCUCUACCCCAAGCCUCGGACAUGACUCCGAACCACAUGCUUCGGAGGCUGAUCCAGGCUUGGUGCGUCUCCAAUGCGAAGAAAGGAAUCGACCAAAUCCCAACCCCAAAAUCCCCUCUCCACAGAUCCACGGUGCUGAAGCUCGUUCGAGACCUGAAAAACGGCUGCAAUCGCGCGAUAGCCGCUCUGAAAAGGAUGGAAGAGCUCGCCGGCGAGAGCGAGAGGAACAGGAAGUUAAUGGCGGAGGCCGGCGUGGCCAAGGCGAUUUUCCUUUUCAUUCUGGCGAGAUGCUCCGGUGACGUCGGGAGUACCGAGGGCCUCGAUCGGGCCCUGAGGGUCCUCCAGCUGACGUGGACCCCGUCAGCAGAGAACGUUAGGGUUCUAGAAGAAAUCUACCCCAACAAUUUCGUCAAUUCGGUUCUGUGGAUCCUCAAUUCCAGACAGGAUUGCGCGGGAAAGACCCUCGCGCUAUCGAUUUUGAAAAAAUUCACCGAGGUCAUGGCCGGAUCUGUCCAUUUAGAGAGGCUGGAGCCCUCGUUCUUCGCCGGGAUCGUGAAGGUCUUGAGAGGGGGAGUUUCCCCGGCGGCGGCGAGGUCGGCCUUGAAGAUCCUGGUGGCGGCGGCGGCGGCGGGGAGGAAUCGGGCGAAGAUUGUGGAGGCCGGGGCCGUGGUGGAGCUGGUGGAGAUGGAGCUGGCGGGGCCGGCGGAUAAGAGGACGACGGAGCUGGUGUUCUGCCUGCUGGCGCAGCUGUGCUCGUGCGCGGACGGGCGGCAGCAGCUUCUGGGGCACGCCGGCAGCGUCGCGCUGGCGGCGAAGCGGCUGCUGCGGGUGUCUCCGGCGGCGGACGACCGGAUCCUAUGCGUGGUGGACGCCGUGGCGAGGUUCGCAGCGGCGCCGGAGGUGGUGGCGGAGAUGAUGAGGGUAGGCGGGGUGACGAAGCUGUGUAUGGUUCUGCAGGCGGACUGCUCGGCGCAUCUGAAGAAGAAGGCGAGGGAGAUUCUGAGGUUGCAUUCCAGCGUGUGGAGUAAUUCGCCCUGCAUACAAGUUUAUCUCCUCACGUGGCACGCCAGAUAG